AUGCGGUUCUCGGCACUGCUUGUAGCUUUUGGAUUGGCCGGCGCUGGGCUUGCAGCACCAUACAAUUCGAAUGGAGCGUCGCUUAUUGACAGACGACAGGCUUUGAAUGGUCUCGUCAAUGACGUUAAUAACGCCCUGGCUGUGACAGUCAGCGGUCUGCUCGAUGAACUCGGCGAUGCCUUGAACAAGGGAGAUAGGGAAAAGACACUUGAUACGCUGCAGAAGCUGAAGGCCACAAAAAAGCCAAAGAAUGUUGGCCAAGCAUCAUCUAUCGCUGAAAAGGUCGUAAAGUCAAAACCCGACAACAUCGUCGAGUACAGCGCGCGAUUGAUAGCAAACGGUAUCAUCUCGGGAUCAACAGAUGAUCUACUGAGCUACGCCCAAGGCCUUGGUUCUGCACAGAAUGGAAACAACAACCAAAACCCUGACCCACCAAAGAGCGUCUACCCCAAGGCGGCGAGCUGCGAUGCGCCGUAUUCGGUAAGCGAGGACAAGCUCAGGUCUGCCAUCUUCAUCCCAGACACUUUCACCUACGGUGAAAAGCUACCUGUGAUUCUAUUCCCCGGUACCGGAGCUACCGGAUGGACCUCAUUUCGGGGCAGCUUCAUCCCAUUGCUUACCGGUGUGGACUGGGCUGAUCCUGUAUGGGUCAACGUGCCUGAAUUUCUCCUUGGCGAUGCGCAGGUCAAUGCCGAGUACGCUGCAUACGCGCUCAAUUACAUCGCCUCUCUCACCAACCGAAGCGUUGCUAUUAUCGGUUGGUCGCAGGGCAACAUUGACACUCAAUGGGCAUUCAAGUACUGGCCAUCGACUCGCAAAGUCACGACCGACCAUGUCGCCAUCAGCGCAGAUUACAAGGGCACUAUCCUCGCCAAUUUCGUCGACCUCUCAGGAAUCACCAACACGCCGUCUGUUGUUCAGCAAGAAGCUGGUAGCAAUUUUAUCAAGACUCUUCGCUCGGACGGCGGUGACUCCGGAUAUGUACCGACAACAAGCCUGUACUCCAGCUUCCUGGAUGAGAUUGUCCAGCCGCAAGAGGGCACCGGAGCUUCUGCUUACUUGCUCGACGAAAGAAACGUCGGCGUCACAAAUGCCGAAGUGCAAAAUGUCUGCGCCGGAAAGCCAGGUGGUUCAUUUUAUACGCAUGAGAGCAUGCUCAUAAAUCCUCUCAGUUUCGCGUUGGCCAAAGACGCGCUCACUCAUGAUGGUCCAGGAAAGGUCUCCAGGCUGGACUUGGGAACAGUCUGCGCCUCAUCUUUGGCUCCGGGACUUGGAUUGGAAGAUCUUUUAAUCACUGAAAACGCGAUUGUGAUUGCAGGUAUUUCUCUUGUCACGUAUUUGCCCAAGGUAAAGGAAGAGCCGGCGAUUAAGGAAUACGCUUUAGAGACAGCGGGGGCGUGUUAG